AUGGACGACAUGGAAGACAAAAUACAUCCAUUUUUUUCUGACUUGGUAGAAACGGCCCUUGCUUUUGAAUAUCCUGGUGGACCACUUGAACUCAGUAAAGUUACAUCAGAAGAUGAUUUUGUGAAGCCUUAUACUGGACAACACUUUACAUUUCGAAUUCCUUAUUCUGGGACAUUUGUUGAAUGGGAAAUCCUUUUUGAUCCCAAGAAUCCAGCCCAGCCACCUGAUUUUGUUUGUGCCGAUGACAUAAAUUGUGAUCCAGAAUCCUACUGUCAAAUGAUGCAGUUCUGGGAUUUGCAAAGUCCUGAUUGUUUAGCGAAAUUGAUCAGUCAGUUGAUCCAUAUAUACAAAGAAUACCAAAUUUCUCAAAUUCUGGGCUUCGGAAAAGCAGCUGAAACCUAUCACUCCUUGGUGACAGCAGGUGUCUUGGUUGAAAACAUUGAAGCAUGUUACCUCUCUCGAGAAAGAAAAUUCAACUUUUUGAUCAAGCUGAAUGUAAAUGAUGAAGAUCUCCCUGUAGUCAAAGGGCUUGGAAGCAUUCUAGUAUACGCUGGUCUGCUGUUUUGUUUGGGAAUGGAUGGAAAAAUUCUAACCCAUUCACUAGUCAUUUCUCCCUACCUUGAACGCCUCCUUGGCUCUCAACUGCUGGACCAAUUACAGUCGACUUCCUCGUUCAGCCAAAACAUUGACGCCCUCGUCCUUAACGAUUUCAGUUUAUCAUUGUAUCGAAUUCUGAAAAAGGUCAGAGAAAACCAUAAAAGACGCCGUGAUACUGUAUCUACCCUACUCAGUCUCUAUCCAACUAACGUUGUCUUCUACGACGAGGAAUUGUACAGCCAUAUUAUCCUACUCUUCAAGUUAGAUGAUGCUCGCUACGUAACCCGCCUGGAAUUGAAUGACGAGGCUAAAUUCAUUUUCUUUGCUAUGGACUGUCCCGUCAAAAUCGCAAAAGAAGAAACCAUUCCCUACACAGAAACUGAGACGCUCUCCUUUGCACACAAACCUUCCACCGCUGAGUUUUCCAAGUACCUCCACAAAACGCUUACUUCAAAAUUGAAACUGUUUGUCAACAGAGCCCUGAAAAGUGUUACACCAGCUUAA